CAGGACGGACUCUUGAUUUCUUACAUUACGCUGAAUUAAUAGCAGUUUCCAUGAAUAGUCCGCGUCGGCAAUACAUCGCGUUAAUCGUUAUAGUAUUUACAUUGAGUUAUGAUUUUAAGAUCGCCGCUUCAAAUGUAGAAAUCAAUCCAGUGCAGUUUUCUGAUGAGUUUGUAGAUUUUCUACAAAAUAUGGGAUCGCGCGUUUAUAAAUAUCGACAAAAAUUCGACGAACCCAGCACGACGGAAAGGGAUCGCAUAUUUCCAAGAGUGGAUUCUGCCAUUUCGACGUCAACCAUUCAUAAGACACCAAGUAGCCUGGACGGCAUCUUGAUGAUGAAGCUGGUAGCUUUCUACGAGAACAAGUACACCCUCAACCCCUCCAUCAAUCCGACGACGGCCGAGGUCUCGACGAGCCCAGCCGACCCAACUCACCACGGUUUCGUCGAGCCGCAUGCUGUGAAAACGAUAAAGAGCCAAGAAAAUGGUCCAGGACAUAUUUCUGAAAUUCAAGAGAUAAAAGUAAUAUGAGUUUAUAAUUAUUUUUUACAAUUAGUUAAAUUAUAUUUGUAAAUA